AUGGCAUCAGACAAGUCUUCUACCACACUCUUCACUCUAUCACCAAAGAAAAAAGCAGGAACAAUCAAAAUUGGGAACACUCCACUGAGACAUGCAGAUGAAGUAACAUACCUUGGGGUCACCUUCGACAAGAAACAAACUUGGAAACCACAUAUUCAAAAGGCAGAGACAAAAGCCAGAUGCAAAUUAGCCAUCAUGCGGAAACUAGCAGGAACUAGCUGGGGAGCAAAUGAGACAAUUCUCAAGAGAGUAUAUCAAGGAACUGUACGGCCGCAUCUUGAAUACGGUUCAUCAGCCUGGUCAACCACUGCAAAGACCAACCAGCAAGCUUUAGACAAGGUUCAAAACCAAGCUCUGCGAAUCAUAACGGGAUCCAUGAAGUCUACACCCAUUAAAGACAUGGAAAAAACUGCAGCAAUACAACCCCUUGGUGAGAGGAGAGAUGCCAAGAUCAUGAUCCAGGCAGAGAAAUUCAGGUACCUGCCCAAUCAUCCAAUGAAACAAAGAAUGGAUGGUCUGACAAAGAAUCGUCUCAAAUGUAGCAGUUUCAUCCACCAAAGCAGAAGACUUACUAGAGAACACCAAGCUAACCCGUUACCAAAGACACUUCCAUUUUGCCCAACAGAUCUUCCACAACCAUGGAAUGAUGAACAAGCCAAUCUACAGAUCAGCAUGUCUGUCCCACAAUUAGCUUCAGCAGACUCCCAAAACGACCUGGUCAAACGGUCACUGGCAAUGGCUAUGAUCAGUGACCGGUACCCAGAAGAAUCUUGGAUCCAUGCAUACACUGAUGGAUCGUCAACAAAUGCUGUGGCCAAUGGAGGGGCAGGCAUAUUUAUCAAGCUCCCUUCAAGAAAUACCCUAACUGCAAAAGUACCAACCGGCACCCACAGUUCCAACUACAAUGCAGAAACCCAUGCACUUAUUCAGGCUGCUACAAUGAUCAAGGAUGCAAAAGAAGACUGUCAACAAGUUGUCUUCCUCACAGAUGCUCUCUCAGUCCUACAAGCCUUGCAAGGCCAUUUCGUCAUCUGCCUACACACAUGGGAUCACUCCUUGAAAUUCAGUCUGUCACCAGGCAAUGGAAUGAUCCAACAAAAGAAUGACAGCCCCCAGUGUUCCUACUCUUAA